AGCGCCCAGAAGGUGCCGGCGGUGCCAACUGCCAACGUCAUUGGGGUCCAGAGCGUCUUGGUUAGGGGUUCUGGGGGGUUCCAGGGGCUACAGGGCAAUUGUGGGCAUCCCCGACCGGAGGCACGGAGCGAUGCAAAAUCCGAUGUUUCCGUAGAACGUGGCGGUUGGCUGGGUUUCGGCGUUGUUAGCCUGCCGUCGGCACUCACGGUCAGCUUAUGCAACACUCCAUGAACCACGCACAGAGAAUGCAGAAGCUUCAAAUAUGGGGCGGCGUCCCUAGGCGGUGUCAUUACCAUGCUCAAGACGUAUCCGACAAGUUUUCUGCUGCCAAAGCGACUGAAGUUAGCCCCGCUGAUUGGGCGAUUUGAACCUGACAGCACUUCAACUUGUCCCGCGGCGCAACAACAGACGAACUGCCUGUCGACCGACACCGCUGCGACUGCGACUGCGACUUCUUCCUUCUCCCCGCCUCACGACACUUCGCAGCCCGUCUUGCUCGCCCCCCACUCGCGGCCGCCGCAAAACACCAUGGCUGACGCCGAGCCAAAGUCCCGACGGCCAAACUUUACUUAUUUCCCUCUCGGCUACAAGGAGGCCGUGCAACAAUGGUGGACAAGUGUAUCACCCCGCCAGGCCGAGCGAAAGGUCCUCUCCUUUGUCCCCUACCUCCGAGAGGCCGGGACAGAAACUGUCGCUUCACAAUUACACGAACUCGCCAAGAGUGAUCCGUUCGGUCAGCGGGUAUGGAGGUCGUCGAUGGUGCAGCUGUCCGGGAAGAACCGGACGCUCAACGAGCUGGCCAUUGAGCGCGUCGACGAGCAAGCCGAGGACACGUUGGUGAUGCUUCACGGCUACGGCGCCGGCCUGGGCUUCUACUACAAAAACUUUGAACCGCUGAGCCGGCCAAAGGGCUGGAGGCUGUACGCGUUGGACAUGCUGGGCAUGGGCAACUCGUCGAGGCCACCCUUCAAGAUCCAGGCCAAAGACCCCAAGGAGAAAAUCACCGAGGCCGAAAACUGGUUCAUCGACGCGCUCGAAGAAUGGCGGAAGGCGCGGAACAUCGAAAAGUUCACGCUUCUCGGCCAUUCCCUCGGCGGCUACCUAGCCGUCUGCUACGCCCUAAAAUACCCCGGCCGUCUCAACAAACUAAUCCUCGCCUCGCCCGUAGGCAUUCCCGAGGACCCGUGGGCCGUCAACGCCGACAUGCCCGAACCCGAAGAAUCCACCCUGGCGAACGAGUUCGUCCAAGACCAAGAAAGCAUCGUGCGCCGCGAGCCCGCCGGCGACAACGCCGCAUACCUGCAAGCCGAAAACAAAGCCGCGGCCGCCGCCAAGCCCAACACCAUCACCACCCCGCCCAAACGGCCCAUCCCCAACUGGCUCGUAUGGCUCUGGGACGCCAACAUCUCCCCCUUCAGCAUCGUGCGCAUGGCGGGGCCUCUCGGCCCGCGCUUCGUCUCGGGCUGGACGACCCGGCGGUUUAACCACCUCCCGCCAGAAGAAAAAGACGCGCUGCAUACCUACUCGUACUCGUUAUUCCGCCAAAAAGGCAGCGGCGAGUAUGCCCUGCCGUACAUCCUCGCGCCGGGAGCGUACGCCCGCAAUCCCAUCAUCAACCGCAUCGAAGAGGUCGGCCGGCAGGUGAUUAGCCCCGCAACAGAGACAGCACCAGCCGUGAAGGAGACAGGCCUGCCUAUUGUUUUUAUGUAUGGAGAAAACGACUGGAUGGAUGUCGCGGGCGGGUACGCGGCUGAGGAGAAGGUCAAGCAGAGGAUUGUCAAGGCGCUGAUGGAGGGGAGUGAGGAGGAGAAGAGGAAUGAACGGGGCAGUGCGAAGGUGGUGGUGAUUCCUAAUGCCGGGCAUCAUUUGCAUUUGGAUAAUCCGGAUGAGUUUAAUACGGUUAUUAGGAGGGAGAUGGAGGAUACUAGGCAGGCGAGGUUAAGGGAGAGAGGGAAUAAUGGGGUUUAAUCAGACUUGACUGCGGUGAACAGGACCGGGCUUGGUAGGUAAUUAGGAUUGCUCCAGUUGAGGCGGGGUGAUGGAUUGCGGAUAGACGCUUCAUGAGCGAGCGGGCAUGGCAUGGCGUUUUAUAUGGUACUGGGCGUAUCGGCGAUGCUCCGAUCACGCUUAGACGGAAGACCGUGCCUAGCAUAAGAGCUAGGCGGCGGCACGAAUAGAUUAGAAUCUAAUACAGCUCUUUUUUCCACGGU